GCGCAAAAUGUGAUUUGGCAACAAAGCAAAAAUGACAGCAGCGGUUGUUCCUGGAUAAUAUUCCUUAAAAUAUUUGUCAUAAAACAGUGGGUGUAACAAAAUCCGUACAAGCUUUCUACAAACGAAAUUUUAAAUAAUUAGUGUGUGCAAUAUGUGCGUCGUAAUUCUCCGAACGAAUUAAUUAACAAUGUUUCGACAAUUCUCCAAAAUUGAUAUAUGUAAUUCUUGAUUAUUUUGAAAAGUAGGUUGAUAGAGAAGGUGUAAAUAAUGGAAUUGGAAGAUUCAGGCGGGGGUCUCGGUUCCGAGACCAUUUAUGGCACCCACGAGGACUCACAUGUGGUGAUGUCUGAAAAAGUCCAGUCUCUAGCUGGGAGCAUUUACCAGGAAUUCGAACGAAUGAUCGCCCGCUAUGACGAAGACGUUGUUAAGACGUUAAUGCCUUUACUUGUAAAUGUACUCGAAUGUUUGGACGCUGCUUAUCAACAAAAUCAGGAGCAUGAUGUCGAACUGGAGUUAUUAAGAGAAGAUAAUGAACAGCUUGUCACGCAGUACGAAAGAGAAAAAGGUGCUAGAAAAGCAUCUGAGCAAAAAUUGUUGGAAUUUGAAGAUGCGGCGGAAGGAGAAAGAAAAGAACUAGCCGCACGUCUUGAAGCGCUAGAAAGUAUAGUGAGAAUGCUUGAACUGAAACAUAAAAAUUCCAUGGAACACGCGGGACGGUUGGAAGAAAGAGAAGGAGAAUUGAAAAAAGAGUAUGCUAAACUUCAUGAACGUUACACUGAGUUGUUUAAAACCCACAUGGACUAUAUGGAGAGAACCAAGCUCCUUUUGUCUGGUCAACAACUUGCCAAUGAGAGAGCAGAAGUAGGCCGAUUGAAUUCCAAUAGGAUUAAUGUGGGGCGCAGCUCCGGACCUAUAUCUUUUGGGUUUACUUCUUUGGAAAAUGCGGAAGUUGUGGAUAGCGUACCAUCUUCUCCAAUAAGCAGCGCCCACUCAUCACCCAGGUAUACGGUCAUGUUUAAAAAAAAUAAUUUUGUGGUGUCUGUCAAUAAUUGUAGUUUGCACAGUGAGUUGGAUAAUAUGACUACCAAAAAGGGGAUUAAUUAUGUUGAAAGAGGACAAGAAACGGAUUCAUUGAAUCUAGAAAACAAGAGCGUUAUUACAUCACCAGUGAGUCCCCCUGGACCACAACCCACUAAUAAUAAUACUGGAAGAUUGCAUACAAAAAAAGAACAGAGAAGUGGGAAUACUCUAUAUCAGGAACUCAGUUUUCAGGACGUGGAUGGUGACGAUGAUGCUGACAUAACUGGUGGUUGGGUUCAUCCUGGAGAAUACGCUUCAUCAGUCAACGAUAAUUUUUAUGGUAUGGGAAAAGAAGUGGAAAAUCUGAUAAUGGAAAACAACGAGCUACUAGCCACUAAAAACGCUCUGAAUGUGGUGAAAGAUGAUCUCAUAGUAAAAGUCGACGAGCUUACCGGCGAGAUAGAAAUGCUGCGAGAAGAAAUCUUGUCUCUAAAUAUGUCUCGAACGAAACUGCGCGAACGCAUUAGCGAUCUAGAGGAAGAACUUCGAAAAGUGAAAGAAGCUAACGAAGCCAAACAAGAAGGAGCAGAUGACGAAUCCGACGUUCCCAUGGCACAGAGAAAACGAUUUACUAGGGUAGAAAUGGCACGAGUCCUCAUGGAGCGCAACCAAUACAAAGAGCGCUUUAUGGAAUUACAAGAAGCCGUCCGUUGGACCGAAAUGAUACGAGCGUCAAAAAACGAUACGGCUUUUGACAAGAAGAGUAAACAGAGUAUAUGGAGAUUUUUUAGUAACCUUUUUAGUGGAUCUGAAAGACCCCAAAGAACAUUGGUAGGCGCACAUUUGCGAUACCAAACCGCCACUAAUCAAAUAGCUCCGGGCGUGAGGGCGCUGCCGAGGCCUGGCCAUGAUUUCGUCGAAACCGAAUUGGGUUCCGAAAAGUUGUCGAUGAGGAGGGCAGUCGAAAGGAGAGAGCAAUAUCGGCAAGUCAGGGCACAUGUAAGGAAGGAGGAUGGACGGCUGCAAGCUUACGGGUGGAGUUUGCCGGGAAAGGUGGGACCUGGGACAAAGGGCAGUCAGAGUAGUAGUGGUGUGCCCGUUCCUGUCCCUGUUUACUGCAGACCACUGGCGGAAACCACUCCGGGAAUGAAAAUUUGGUGUGCUGCUGGUGUCAAUUUGAUGGGAGGGUAUACUAAAGAUGGAGGUUUGAUGGUGGGUGGUAGUGUAUUCUACUCUGAAGAACCUAAACUAGAGCCACCAGUGCAAAGUGAAGUUGACAGUUUAGACCAAGAGUUAAACGCAAGUCGGGAAGGUGCACUUUUAGAAACAAGGUUGUCUUCGAUGGUAUGGAUUUGCACAUAUACUCACGCCGCCAGUAUAGUUACUGUAAUAGACGCUAAUAAUCCAGCUGAUAUAUUGAAUAGUUUUGGAGUAUGUGCAAAUCAUGUACUAUGCAUUGCGAGUGUUCCUGGUGCUAGUCCAAGUGAUUAUAGAAACAAGUUUAGCAAAAUUUCGGUUAGUGAGACUGUCAAAGACAGCGAUAACGUGGAAAAUAACGAGAACGAUAAUACUAGUCCUCCCUCUGAAAAUACCAAACAGAAUGAUAAAAAUCAUGAAGAAGUAGAGGAAGCAGCUUUGAUCGGUAAGAUUACUUUUAUUGAAAACGAUCAGACCGUUGUCAACAAAAAAGACAAAUAUAUGAAAAUCAUUAAGUCUGAAGAAGAAAAUAAAGAAACUACUAAAUUGUCAGAAGAAAAAGAAGAGAAAAAAGGAACUCCCUGUGAUACGCCCCUGGAGGCGAGUGAUGAAUCUAACCUUGAUAAGGAAUCAGAAGCAACUACCACAGAAAGUGAACCUGAAGGGAUACCAGAACCAGUAGAAAACAAAUCUAGCAAUCAAGAAGUUAUGUCGAGUGUGUUGGCAACAAUGUGGUUGGGUGCAGAAAAUGGUAUGAUCUAUGUCCACUCUUCAGUUGCCAAUUGGAACCAGUGCUUACACUCUGUCAAAUUGAAAGAUGCCGUAAUAAGCAUAGUGCAUAUUAACGGUAGAGUUGUGUGCGCUUUAGCGUGUGGAACCCUUGCCAUUUUUGCCAGAAACGAUGAUGGCGAAUGGGAUCUGUCUCGCUAUCAUUUAGUACAGGUAGGUUUGCCGCAUCAGUCCGUAAGAUGUUUAGCUGUCGUCGGUGAUAAAGUGUGGUGUGGCUAUAGAAAUAAAAUACACGUACUAGAACCUCAAGAACUUAAAGUUAUUCAUUCGCUGGAAGCUCAUCCACGACGCGAAAGUCCAGUUAGACAAAUCGCGUGGUUGGGCGAAGGUGUUUGGGUGUCAAUAAGGUUGGACUCAACUUUAAGACUGUACCAUGCUCACACGUACCAGCAUUUACAAGAUGUCGACAUUGAACCGUACGUUAGUAAAAUGUUAGGGACUGGAAAAUUGGGAUUUUCAUUUGUGCGAAUAACCUGCCUCCUGAUAUCAUCCAACAGACUAUGGAUUGGUACAAGUAACGGUGUCAUUAUAUCCGUCCCUUUAAGUGAAAGCGGGGGAUCAGUCGGAAGUAUCGUUCCUAGGGGAUCAAACAGCUUGCCUGGAGCAGGAGUCCGUAUACCUCCUGUUCCGGGAAGCUUUAUUCCCUAUUGCACUAUGGCUCACGCUCAGCUCAGUUUCCACGGACAUAGAGAUAACGUAAAAUUCUUUGUUGCGGUACCAGGGAAUGGAGGAAUGAGCGCCGCAUCCACUCCUUCAGAAGCAUUAUCCACUUCAGCUGUGACGAUUGGCUUACCACCAAAACAACCAUCAGCUAUGUUGGUAAUGUCAGGUGGAGAAGGCUACAUUGAUUUUCGAAUUGGUGAUGAAAUGGAAGACAGUGUUAUUAAUAACGAAACCAGUGAUUUAGAAGCAGCUCAGGGCGAAUCCAAAGGUGAAAAAAGUCAUUUGAUUGUUUGGCAAGUGUCCACUAGCUAAUUUUAAGAAGAAACAAUAUUUAACAUAUUUAAAAGAAUGUAACAUUUUUAAUUAGUUUCAUAUAGCUACAUUAGCUUGUAGGUUCGUUUAUAAACUAACAAAAUGACAUUUUAAAGUAGUUUACUCAUUAUUGUCAGCUUGUGAAUAUGUUAUCGAUUGAUUAUAUAUAUUCUUGUUAAAUUCUUUUGUUAAUGUAACAUAUUUGUGUAUAAAUUAUUUAUAUUUAUUUGUAAAUUUUAACAUAUGUAUGCUAGCAAAUUUUAUUUAUAAAUAAAUCAUAUGUGCUUGAA